UUUUCACUACUGCUGUCGUUGUGUUUUGUUCUUUAGUAUCCUUAUGAUUAAACCCCUAAACUCCAAGAGAGAGAGAGAGAGAGAGAGAGAGAGAGAGAGAGAGAGCUCAUAACCCCAUUAAUCUCCUCAAAAUCGAUCCUCAACUAAUGUUUUGCUUGAGGAAUUCAGCUCUCUCCAAUAUUCGAAUUCAACUUCUUCAAUCUUUAUCAAGGAUCAAUGGAGCAGGAGGAGGAGCUCGACUCAUCAGUGUGAAAGCGGGAAUGGAGAUUCCAGACGGAAAGCGACUCGAGUUUGCACUUCCAUACAUCCAUGGGAUCGGCAGAGCCAGAGCUCGUCAAAUUCUGUCUGAACUGAACAUGGAUAACAACAAACUCGCCAAGGAUUUAACAAAAAGGGAAAUCUUUCUUCUUGGUGAAGAACUCUCCAAUUUUGUUAUUGGAAAAGAAUUGAGGAAUUGUGUUGAGAGAGAUAUGAAGAGAAUGGUGGAGAUUCAGUGCUAUAAAGGGAUUAGGCAUAGGGAUGGAUUGCCAAGCAGAGGACAACGAACAAGAACUAAUGCUCGAACCAAGAAGAGUUCUUCGCCUAUGUCUCUUGCAUUGAGAAAGAACUAGUUUGGUUGGCCUCACUUUUCUCUACCAGAUUGGUUUUAAUUUUUCAUUUUGAUCUUAGUUUAAUUAUCUUCUUUGGUAUAUUUGUUGAGAUCAUAUUCUUGAAACCCAAUUGGCAUUGCCGCGUUCGUAACUCUUGACAUGAUUUUGUUUUGGUAUAUCUUUUUAAUUUGAUAUUGAAUGUAUCAAUAACAAUAACAUUGUUGAUUGGUGUUGAGUACUGUAGGAGAGUAGGAAUAUCAUUAACAAUACUCUUUUUGCA